AUGGCAGUACUGGUCAGCGAGAGGAUUCAGAUGGAACUGCAAGUUUCCAACCAGAAGCAGCAGUUGGGGAUUAUGGAAACUCAGAUUUCCAAGACGAGGGCUGAAAUGUCUCAUUUUGAACAAUUACUUGUUAAUGUGCAGCAAGAAAAUUCUGAACUCGGCGAGAUCCUCAAUCGAACUCGCGAUGACAACGCAAAGUUGCUCUUGGAGAUUCAAGCUAGAGACCAGGAGAUCAAGCUGUUGAAAGAUGACCUUUCCGCUGCCACACCAGUUCUCAAUGAUUUGAGAAAGCAGCUAGAGGUUGCAGUGAUGGAGCUUGGACCUUUGAGACAAGAGGUUCCUGUACUCCGCAAUGACAACAAAAUCCAAGCGGCAGAAAUCGAAAGGUUGAAGGCCGAGAUUGAUAGGCUUCAACAGCAAUUGAGGAUGUGCGGCGUUGGCAUGCUUUUGGGCAAGUUCGAUGGUUCUGGAGAUCGUCGUGGGAAGAUUUACGUGUUGAAACUUGUUCCUGGUGGGCCGGCUGCCAUGUGCGGACAGAUCCAGCCGGAAGAUAUCCUCCACCGUGUCGAUUCCAAUGUUGUCGAUGGCUGGGAGUUGGAUCAAGUCUUCAAAGUCAUCAGAGGUCCUGAGGGCUCGCCAGUCACGCUUGAAUUCGGAAGAAUGCAUGGAAACCAGGAGAGCCGAUACCGCUUGACACUCUUUCGCCAAGACGUCAGUGCAAACGCUCAGGCGAUGGAUCGCUCCAGCGAAAGCGCGGAAAGCAAUUCAUACUAUUACAAUAAGCCGAAUGUUGGCGGCGAUGCUACAUACUACGGGUGA